AUUUUAUAGGAUGGUUAUGACCAGCUGAGGCAGUUGUCACAGAAUGCCAUGAAAGGUGUCAUCAGAGUAAAAUUUGUCAAUGACCUUGGGGUUGAUGAAGCUGGAAUAGACCAGGAUGGUGUUUUUAAGGAAUUUUUGGAAGAAAUUAUAAAGAAAGUGUUUGAUCCAGCACUGAAUCUGUUUAAGACUACAAGCACUGGAGAUAGAUUAUACCCAUCUCCUACUUCAUAUAUCCAUGAAAACUACCUCCAGUUGUUUGAGUUUGUAGGGAAGAUGCUGGGAAAGGCAGUGUAUGAGGGUUUGUAGUAGAUGUCCCCUUUGCUUCAUUCUUCCUGAGCCAGCUGCUAGGGCAUCAUCACAGCAUUUUUUAUAGCUCUGUGGAUGAGCUACCUUCACUGGACCCGGAGUUCUAUAAGAACCUCACAUCCAUCAAGCGUUAUGAUGGUGAUAUUAGUGAUCUGGGCCUCACACUUUUCAUAUGAUGAAGAUGUAAUGGGACAGCUGGUGUGUCAUGAACUGGUUCCAGGAGGGAAAUCGAUUUCUGUUACUAAUGAGAAUAAGAUAAGUUACAUUCACCUCAUGGCUCACUUCCGAAUGCACACACAGAUUAAAAACCAAACCGCUGCACUAAUCAGCGGCUUUCGGUCCAUCAUUCGGCCUGAGUGGAUACGCAUGUUUUCUGCUCCAGAACUGCAGCGUCUUAUAUCAGGGGACAAUGCUGAGAUUGACCUGGAUGAUCUGAAGAAGCACACAGUGUACUAUGGAGGGUUCCAUGGCAGUCACAGAGUCAUUAUCUGGCUGUGGGAUAUUCUAGCCAAUGAUUUUACCUCUGAGGAAAAAGCCAUGUUUCUAAAGUUUAUCACAAGUUGUUCCCGCCCUCCUCUGCUUGGCUUUGCCUACCUCAAACCGCCAUUUUCUAUUCGCUGUGUAGAAGUAUCAGAUGAUCAGGAUACUGGGGACACCUUAGGCAGUGUGCUGCUGCGUGGUUUUUUUACUAUUAGGAAACGAGAGCCAGGGGGUCGUCUGCCCACUUCAUCUACCUGCUUCAACCUUCUCAAACUUCCAAACUACAGCAAGAAAGCAAUCCUGAGAGAGAAGCUCCGCUAUGCUAUCAGCAUGAACACUGGCUUUGAACUGUCUUAG